UCGGCUCGCUGCAACGUGAACACUUUCUUGUGCACAUUGGACAGAAUGAGUGUAAACAGCCUCUCCCCCUGGGGAAACGCACAGCGCCCUGCCGUGUCAGAAUGAGGCUUUGAUACGGCGCUGAUGCGGUGAGUGAAAAAGAGGCUACUGUCGCCCUGGCAACCUUCAGGCACCUCCUGACAGGCCGAGUCUGGGCCUGCUGCGCCUGUCUGGCAGUGAGGUGGAGGUGAGGCUGGUCUUAAAUACAGACAGGAGGUGGAGAGGAGCACUAUACCUGAGAAGCACACAAGAUACUGCUGACAAGUACUGCAGGAACUAAAACACUAGGAGCUGGUGUUGGUUAAGAAUAAAAAUAAAGAUGUGGAUUCUACUCCAUGUAGUAGCGCUGUCUGCCCUGGCUCUGGCCCAGCAAGACUGCUCUCAGGGUGCCUGUUACCCCUCCACGGGAGACCUGCUCAUCGGCAGAGCCACUCAGCUGAAAGCCUCCUCCACCUGCGGAAUGACUGGAAUUGAGGUGUUCUGCACACCUCUGGGGCAGUGGAAGAUGAAGUGCUGCCCCUGUGACUCCAAGAAUCCCUAUGGCCAAAAUGCCCAUCAAAUCCAGAAUGUCGUGGCCCAGGCUGGACCCAACAGGUGGUGGCAGUCCAGGAAAGAUGUGAACCCCGUCUCUCUCCAGUUUGACACGGAUAGCAAGUUCCUGCUGCACAACCUGGUUCUGGACUUCAAGGGACCCCGCCCGGAAGCCCUGGUAGUGGAGCGUUCCCUGGAUUUCGGCAGGACCUGGCAGCCCUUCCUGUACUUGGCCUCUGACUGUCGCACCUCCUUCCCUCAAAUCAGCACCUCUCCCCCACGCAGCCUGCAGGACGUACAGUGCCACACCAUGCCUCCACUCCCACCGAACAGCUCCUACCAGGACCAGACAGUGCACAUCAGUCCUAUCCGCCAGGUGUCUGCCAUCAACCUGCCGCAGAGCCAAAAAAUUGAAAGAUUAUCAGGCUUCACUAACCUGCGGCUGAACCUCACCAGGCUGGGCCAGCCCCCUCGUAUCAGCAACGCCCGCGCGCCCAGUGCUUUCUAUGCCCUGAAAAAGAUGCAGGUCCAGGGUUCCUGUUUCUGCCACGGUCACGCCAACCGCUGUGUGCCCACUGCCAACCAGCUCCCUGGAAUUCAGGUGCACAGUGUCUGCGACUGCCAACACAACACGGCGGGAGUGAACUGUGAGCGCUGCGCUGACCUGUACAACGACCUGCCCUGGAGACCUGCAGAGGAGAGGAAUCCGCACCAGUGCAAGAAGUGCGAGUGCAACAACCACGCCCAACGCUGUCGAUUCGACCCUGUGGUGUACGAGGCCAGCAGGAUGGUCAGCGGAGGGGUGUGUGAAAACUGCCAGCACCACACCACUGGCCGGAAUUGUGAGAAGUGCACCCCGUUCUACUACCGCAACCCCCAGAGCACCAUCAGCCGGCAAGAUGCCUGCCUUCGAUGCCAGUGCAGCGUGGAGGGAGCGGAGCGGGGGGGGCAGUGCGACCCCGAGACGGGGGCCUGUUUCUGCAAGGCCAACGUGGAGGGCCCACGCUGCGAUCGCUGCAAGGCGGGGUACUACGGGCUGAGCGCCUCGGACCCUCAGGGCUGCAAGAAGUGCUCCUGCAGUGUGGUGGGCUCGGUGCGUGAGCAGCCCUGUGACCCCUUGACCGGCCAGUGUCAGUGCCUACCCAACUUCAUCGGCCUGACGUGUGACCGCUGUGCACCCAACUACUGGAACCCCUUCUCCAGAAAUGGCUGUGAGCCAUGUAAAUGUGACCCCCGCAACUCCUAUGGCACCUCUUGUAACCAGUUAACAGGUCAAUGCGAGUGCCGACCAGGCUUCGGAGGAAGGACUUGUACGGAGUGCCCAGACAACUCGUAUGGAGACCUGCGCACCCGCUGCCUGCCAUGCAACUGCGACCCCUUGGGCACGGUGAGAGCCGGCUGCGACAAGACCACGGGCGCCUGCCUGUGCCAGCUGGGCGUGACGGGGCCGCGAUGCGACCACUGCCAGCGCGGGCACUGCGACCGCUACCCCAGCUGCCCUCUCUGCCCCUCCUGCUUCUUCUCCCUGGACAGAGAGAUGCAGGGCUUCUCCAACACACUGGACAGCCUGUCCAAACAGGCCAUGACCCUUCCAGGCUCUUCCGACCAGGACCUGGGGCCCAGGAUUCUGGGCAUUGAGUCCACUCUCCAGCAGAUGAGGGACCGUCUUCCCUACCCACCUCCCUCCGACGGGCAAAUCACCGAAGCCAUCAGCACCCUGCACAGACUGAGGGACCAAGCCAGCCGACUGAACCCUGACUUCUUCCUGGUGGACCAGAGCACGUCACUGAACAGACAGAUAGACAGCCUGCAGACCGAGCUGGGAAGUAUCACCCUGCAGUACACCAGCAAGAGGGACUCCGCGAACAGAAUCCUUAACGGCAUCCCGACUGGUGCCCUGUCCACCAUCCAGUCGGCCUAUCAGGAGUCGGCGGACGCCAUCAAGAAGGCGGAAGGCACCAAGGUGCUGGUGGACCAGUCGGCAAGCCAGCGUGGAGACGCAGCGGCCCUGGAGGGACAGAUCCAGCAGGGGAACAAGAAAGCACUGGAGAAACUCAACAGCCAGCUAGCCACUCGGCCUGACCUCACACCCACCGCUGCGCAGGUGUGUGGCAGCACGCGCUCCACCCCUUGUACUCCCGUGCAGUGUGAUGGCCAGCUAUGCCCAGGCCCCAGUGCUCCCCCUUGUGGUAACAGAGCCACCUGCACCGGAGCUCUACCGCUGGGGAACAAGGCCAUGGCAGACACAGAAGAGACCAGAUCCAGACUGAGGGAACUCAGCUCUAAGAUCCAGCGAGCUGCAGCAGAGAUCCAGAACACCCAGGAUUCAGCCAAUCGUGUCAGGCAAUCCACAGACAAACUGGCCAAUCAGAUUAAGCAAGCACGGAGAGACCUGGAUAAGGACAUGCAGGACACCCGAGACUUUGUCCAGCAGCUGAGAGAGUUCCUGUCAGACCCUGACACAGAUCCAGAAGCCAUCCAGACAGUAAGCGAGGAAGUUCUGAACACAAAGCUGCCGCAGAGUCUGGAUGCCCUGAGGAGCAAAGUGGACGAGAUCAGGAGAAUUGCGGCAGGUCUGCCCGACAGCAGGAAAGUCCUGGAGAGCACUGGGCCUGAGCUGGACCACGCCAGAGAGCUCCUGCGCAAAGCGGAGACAGCCAGGACCCAGGCCGUUCUGAUGGAGGAGAAUGUGAACCAGGUGCUGGACACGUUGACCAGCGAGGAGAGCUCUCUGAGGAGCCUGGAGACCAACGUCCAGGACACCAUGAGGAUUGUGGAUGGGGUGAAGAAUAAUAUCAAUGAAAUCGAAGGCCUGCUGAACCCAGCACAGAAAACUCUGGGAGAGCUGGCUGUGCAGAUGGACCAGACAAAGCCACAGCUGACGGAGCUGAGGGACUUGGUCCAGUCCACUCAGCAGCUGGCGCAGCAGGCUGGGGGGGACGUCAGUCGUGCUCAGAGUGAGGCCAAUGAAGCCGGACAGGAGCUGCUGUUGCUGGAGGGCCAGUAUAAGGAGCUGAUGAGGAAGUGGUCGGGCGGAGCUGGUCAGUCAGGGGGAGGUGCCUCGAGCACCAGACUCCAGGAGCUGCAGCAGGAAGCCAAUGACCUGAUCCUGCAAAGCAUGAGCAUGAUGAGGACGCUCUCAGAGAGAGAAGGCUCCCUCCUGGAGGCCAACGAGGAGCUGCUGAUCAAGUCCCGCAGGCUGGAAGGGAUGGAGGAGGAGCUGCAGAAAAUCUUAGAUGACAUCCGGCAAAAGGCCAGAGUCUUGAACACCUGCCAGGGAUAAGUCCCUGUCCACGCCUUCGGCCUAUCACAGCUCUUGCUCGAGACACUUUUCUAUUUAUUUAUUUCUGGAAACAAAAGCUUUCCUUGAAAAAUGCAGUGCAAUUACAAGCUGAAGGUUUGGACAAUU